UUGGGAUCUAGUGAAGAUCUCGACUUCACGAGCAAACUAUCUGGCGAGAUUGACAAGUUACUUGAAGUAAUCUCAGAUCUUCACGAAGAUGAUAAAAUUUUCAAAAUACAAUAUGAAGAACUACACAUGUUUUCUACGAGCGAAGGUAUUAUAAUUAA